AUGGUCCACACCCACACUGGCCACCAGUCCUCCUUUGCUGAGCGGUUCACCACUGUAGUCAAUGUCCUCUCCUCAACUUACAACUUAAAAACAACACAAAAGCAGAAGUGUACCUAUAGCAACUCUCUGAAUCUUCUCUCUCUGUCAGGGGUGAAGAUGUUCUCCUACAGCACCAGCGGGACCAGCCUCUUCCUCAUGCCCCAAAUCCUCCUAAAGACCGGACUCGGCAUCCAGAGCUUUGCCCUGCAGGCCGCUUUCUGUGGCAUCGGCUUCUUCACCUUCCUCCCCCCCGUCUUCCUCCACUUCAUCACCAAGGGCUACGUGGUCCGUCUCUAUCACAACCCAGACAAAGACACCUACACUGCCAUCACAUACAGUGUCUUCCUCACAGACAAAAACACGUUUCACCAGAGCCAGGUCAAGAUCCCAGAUGUCAGCAAGAUGUUCACCACCUUCUACGUCAAUAACACGGGGAUGCUGGUAAACCCAGACCUGUUCCCCAUCCCACACAACUACAAUCACCUGAUGGGCUACGAUAAACCCUUCAGCUUCGACACAGAUGACAUGGACAGACCCGAUAAGAGCUGAGAGACUGAAGGCAAACAGGUGUUAGCGUAUGAAUAACAUCCCCAACUCUGAACUGCACAAUACACACACUCAGUUUCUACCAAGGUGGAACAUCUACUGAAGA